UCUUAUAUUCUCCCUAGGAUACAAUCAAAAGCUCCAACGUAAGUAGCCUGUACGGUUACUUAAAUCUUUGCUCAAAACCGAUUGAAUUUCUCAAACCCACCGAUUUAUCUCGCUCAAAUCAACAUUUUAAUUUCUCCCUAGAAUACAAUCAAAAGCUCAAACGUAAGUCGUGUAGAUUUUCAGGCUACCAUUUCUUAAAUCUUAGCUCUAAACUGAUUGGAACUCUCAAACCCAACGAUUUUUCGCUCGCACUUUUAAAUUCUCCCUAGAAUACAUUCAAAAGCUCCAACGUAAGUAGCCUGUACGGUUACUUAAAUCUUUGCUCAAAACCGAUUGAAUUUCUCAAACCCAUCGAUUUAUCUCGCUCAUAUCAACAUUUUAAAUUCUCCCUAGAAUACAAUCAAAAGCUCCAACGUAAGUCGCGUAGGGUUUCAGGCUAUCGUUUCUUAAAUCUUUGCUCUAAACUGAUUAAAAUUCUCAAACCCACAAAUUUUCUCGCUCAAAUCAACAUUUUAAAUUCUCCCUAGAAUACAAUCAAAAGCUCCAACGUAAGUCGUGUAGAGUUCAGGCUAUCGUUUCUAAAAUUUUUGCUCAAAACUGAUUGAAAUUCUCAAACCCAACCAUUUUGUCGCUCGAAUCAACAUCUUAUAUUCUCCCUAGAACAGCGAUUCUCAACGGGGGUACCGGGGCUACUUGAUUUACAUGGUAGGGGGUACCAGCCUAGAAGAAAGUUGAGAAUCGCUGCCCUAGAAUAUAAUCAAAAGCUCCAACGUAAGUCGUGUAGGGUUUCAGCGACGACACGACAAGCCACUCGCUUCCAAAAAGUGGGCACCAAAUCGGCUUACCCCUCCGCUUCCUUUGGAACUCGAAACGUCAAACCGGUCGAACUGACGUUUCCCUGAAAAAAAUGAUAAAAUCAGCAGCACUGCUACUUGACAUUUAGAAAUGUCAUUUUUUGUUUGUUUUUCGCAACGUCGUCAAAUUCCUUCCCAACCUGGUUCUCAACUGGUUCUUUUACUCCGGAAUGGAAUAAUAUGGCCACGAUGGCCUUUAAAACGAAACUCGGAUGAUUACGCGUUGUUGGCCAAUUUAAGGAUAAGAUCACCGACCUUAGGACGGAUUCGGCUGUCGCUGCGGGAGCGGGCGUCGGAGUGACUGUACGGGUCGGAAGAGGAGAGCGACAAGGAACGUGAUGGACGAAGUAAAUCAACGGAAUGAUUUACGCGGAAAAUCUCGACAGCAACGAGGAAGGCAAGAAGAUUAUUCUGUUCUGGACGAUGCUGGCUUCGUUGCAGAGCGUAAGUGAGAUUGAUAUUCGCGAAAAGGCCGAUCCGUUCCUGGCGAAGAUCUUGCACCAGCUGGACACGGGACAGCAAGAGUUGGAUGAUUACGAUGGUGAAAAGAGAUCCCAUCUGAUGGCAAACAAACGAUGCCAGUUGCCAAAAAGAAGUUUCUGCGAACAGCGCAAGGGUUACGAAAAAGUUUACGUGCCGGCGUUAAAGCCAAAACCCUCCGAAGAGGCAAUGGGACUGAUGGUCAUCGGUAAGCAGCUCUAGUACGUGCAACCCGUGUUCGCUGGCUUCAAAACCCUCAACAGAAUCGAAAGUCGCCUGUACAAGACGGCCCUCGAGAGCGAUGUAAAUCUGCUACUUUGCGCCUCAACCAGUGCCGGUAAAACGAACGCAGCUUUGCCACCAUGAUGCGCGAAAUCUUUAAGCACAUCAACGACGAAGGAACGAUCAACGUGGACGAGUUCAAGAUUAUCUAUAUCGCGCCGAUGCGAUCGCUCGUCCCGAGCAUAGGUAAAUAACAAGGGAAAUGCGUAAUAAUACCUUUCUCUGGUAUCAAUACCAAAUUUUGGUAUUCCUGGACCCUUUAAAAUUUGUCUUGAGGAUUAUGCAAGAGCAAAAUGUGGUAUCAUACCAAUUUAAGGUAUUGUUUUGAUAUUGAAAAAUUGCAGAAUUUGUCAAUGGUCGAACACCACAUAUUGGUAUUCUUUUGGUAUUACAGUGUUUUAUCAAAUUCCUCUGAAACUAUGGGAAAAUUUUGACCAUUUUUGACAAAAUAAUUAAUUUUGCACUAAAAUGAUGUCUCAAAGCGAAUGCUUUCAUUGAAAACCGGAAAUUUCAAACUUUAUUUUAAACAUUUUUGAUAUACCCCCUAAAGAAAUGACUUGAAAUUGUGGAAAAUUUUCUAAGUCAGGAUGGCACAUUUUGGUAUUAUUUUGGUAUUGAAAGGUUUGAUCAAUUUUCUCUGAAACUUUGGGAUUUUUAUUUACCAAUUUGGACAAGAUAAUAAAUUUUGCGCUAAAAUGACUUGAAAAAAACCAAAUACUUUGAAAAACGAGUCAAUCGAAAGAUUAUUGAAUUUUGUUGAAUUUCAAUCCAGUUUUAUUUUAAUAACACUUAUUUUUCAAUCUUGUUAUUUUUCAGAAUCUUCAAGAACUUCAUGCACAGGCCGUUCAUCAAUGACAAAUGCAUUCGGUGUGGUGAAGAAUAUCACUAAGAACAACAUGGAAUCAUCAGGUGAGUAGAUUUGGCUGUUGCAUAUGGAUCAUUUCCGUUUUUUCACUAACUGCAACUGCUGCACUAAAAAUGGUAUGAAAAUACCAAAUUUUGAUAUUACUUGUGCAAAUAUCAGCGACCAAAAUGUGAUCUUGGUUGCCCAGUAAUAGAUGGUAAAAUACCAUCAAAUCAUACCAAAAUCAUGUACCGUAAACUGGGGUGACUUUGAUAGCCCGGGGUGACAUUGAUAGAAAUUUGAUUCGGCCACUAAUUUUGAUACAUCGAAUGUAGCAGUCACAAUUUUGCAUAUAUGUUCGAUAAUAAGCUAUCCCUUAAUGCUUACAUACUCAAAAUUCUCAAAAAAGUUUAGAUAUUAAUUUGACGGGCAUUUGAAAAACCUAUCAAACUCACCCCGGGCUAUCAAAGUCACCCCAGUUUACGGUAUGUGCAAGACCACAGGAAUACCAAAAUCUGAUUUUCAAGGGCGCGGGAAUACCUAAAAAUAAAACCGUGGUAAUACCAUGUUCAGGUAUUCGAGCAAUGUUCAAAAAUCCAGAAGACCUCAACUUGGUAUUGAAAUGGUUUUAUGUUGUGGUAUUAUUUUACCUUUGGAAUAUCAUGGUUUGGUAUUGUUGUGCCCUUCCACAUACUAGGCUUUGGUAUGAUUUCAUGGUAUUUUACCAUCUAUUACUGGGAAACCAAUGGCACAUUUUGGUCGCUGUUAUUUGCCCAAGUAAUACCAAAAUUUGGUAUUCCCGUGUUAUUUACCCCUGCUCGGGGUACAGGAAACAGUGGGUAACUUUGGCAAACGCAUCGCGACUCUGACGCGUGUCCAAGUUGACCGGAUAUCAUCAGCUUAGUCGGGAACAGAUUGCCUCAACGCAGGUUGCUCGCCGGAAAAGUGGGACAUCAUCGCCAGAAAGCGCGGCGAAAAAAGUACACCAAGCUGUGUAGCAGCUUUACCUGCAGGGCAUGACGGAGGCUAGCACACCGGUCGUAGAGGUCUGCCAAAGAAACUGCGGGUAGAUUAUCCUGUGACUGACACUACGAGUAGACUGACGAUGGUCUACUCGACCAGCGAAGAUGAGCGGACUGCCCGUGCCCAAAAACGCGAUCAACGAUACCAGCAUUUGGACGAGAAAAAGAGAAGAUCAAAUAGCAGUCGGAGAAGCUGAAAGGACAGAUCAUGCUGCAGAAAAGUUGUAGCGAAGGCGAAACAACG